UUUGGAUUAUCAGUUAUGACUUACGAGUUGCGUUUGGGCACGAGGAUUGCGGUAACUCCUGAAGUGAGUGGAAGAUCACUGUUUCUCUCUCUUUGUUGUGAUUGAGAAACUAUUUGCUCAGAUCACUUUGUGUGGUUUUUCGAUGCCUCAACUUGCGCAUCCUCACAGUGGAAAGGACUUCGAAUUCACCUUUCCUCUAAUUUCCCGUCAUGACACCUUUCAGAUUCUAUAAGGACCGCUUCGCUUGUCCUCCUUUUCUGCUCAGAAAUUGAACUAGUGUAUAGGAGAAACAGAGGAUAUAUGUACUAGUAUUUUCAGGUACUUAAUUAGCUCAGUAAAUAUGAAUAAUAAUGCGUUAUCUUCUCGAUGCGAUUCUUUCCCGGCUGGUCUCCGAGUUCUCGUCGUCGACGACGAUUUGACAUGGCUCGCGAUUAUUGAGAAGAUGCUCAAGAAGUGCUCUUACGAAGUGACUACAUGUUGUUUAGCAAGAGAGGCUCUAAACUUGCUUCGUGAAAGGAAAAAUGGAUAUGACAUUGUGAUCAGCGAUGUAAACAUGCCGGACAUGGACGGUUUCAAACUUCUCGAGCAAGUCGGACUUGAGAUGGAUCUUCCUGUCAUUAUGAUGUCUGUGGAUGGAGAAACAAGGAGGGUGAUGAAGGGCGUUCAGCAUGGAGCAUGUGAUUAUCUCCUCAAGCCUAUAAGGAUGAAAGAGCUGCGAAAUAUAUGGCAACAUGUGUUAAGAAAAAGGAUGCGCGAGGCAAGAGAAUUUGGGGGUCUUGAGGGCUUUCAAUUGAUGAGAAAUGGAGCAGAUCAGUUUGAUGAUGGGAAUUUAUUUGCUAUAGAAGAUAUGACCUCAACGAAGAAAAGGAAAAACCUGGGUAGCAAACGUGAUAACAAGGAAUUUAGAGAUCAAUCUUCCACAAAGAAAGCCAGAGUAGUUUGGUCUGUAGAUCUUCAUCAGAAAUUUGUCAAGGCUGUGAAUCAGCUUGGAUUUGAUAAAGUUGGUCCCAAGAAAAUACUUGAUUUGAUGAAUGUUCCAUGGUUGACUCGGGAUAAUGUUGCUAGUCACUUGCAGAAAUACCGGCUGUACCUGAGUAGGUUACAGAAGGCUGGAGAUAAGAAUCCCUCCUCUAGUGGGAUUCAGCAUUCGGAUUUAGUUUCAGAAGAUCCUGCGGGAAGUUUCUCUUUUCAGAACCCAAUGAACAGGCAACAAAAUGAUGUUUCAAUUGACAGCCAUAAAUAUGCAGAUGGAGCUAUACAACUUCAGAAUGCGGAUACAAUAAAUCUCGAAAGUAAUCUCAAAGGAAUCGUUUCAGAGGCUUUGACGGAUAAAAAAGAAGACUUGACUGCUAACAUUCGAGAUACAGAAAUAAGAAAGAGUCCACGGAAGGUCAAUGAUCAGUCUUUUGCACCUCCAGAUUCAGAAGGAAGCUAUGCAGCAUUUGAUUGCGCCAACCCUUGGAGGGAAUUCCCAGAAAUGCAACUCAAAAAACACCAGCCAUAUCUUCCAAUUAAGGAUCACUUCAGCCACUUGCCAUUACAUGGUAGGCAGCAUCUCAUCAAAAUUGAUCAAUCACAAGAAGAUGCUUCAAUUAGAUCUAACCCACCUGUAAUGGAGAGAGAAACUGCUGCCUGUAUUGAAACCAACCCUACGUAUGUUGAACACACCAGCGAUUAUGCCAGUUCUGUUAGUUCCAUAGGAAGUGCAGAUGGCUUUUCUAUAAAGUCCAAGAGCUUUAUGGGGAAUGAUCAAACUUUAGAACCCGUUUCUACUCCAAAUCUCAGUGGGAAAACAGAGGGCUUUAAUCUUAAAUCUGUUUCUGACCUGGAAUUUCACCAACCAAACCUACAUUUGGGAGGUGAGUUUGCUUCUGCCCCUUUGGAGGAGGACUUGAAAUCCUUCUGGCUACAAGGUGAACGCUGUAUGAACUCUGGGCAGCAGAACAUAGACAUGCCAGAGUAUUAUGAUCCAGGACUCACCGGGGAAGUUCCUGUUCAUUUAUUUGAUACAGCUGAUUUUUCGGCAGUAGAUCAAGGCCUUUUCAUAGCAUGAUCUGAACCUUCCCUUUUAUGUCUUUUCAACAAAUAAUUCACCUCCUUGCGUGAAAUGACUAAUGAAAGUUACUUGUAAUUCUUGGGUAAUAGUCGUAUCUAAGAAUUUCUACUUUGUGAGGAUUGGGAUAUUUUUUUUCCCCGUUCAACUAGGAUCUGGCAAGUAUGUAUAGAAUUAGAAUUGGGUGAUGAAGAUCCUCAACUUCAUUGUUUCAUAGUAGCUGUUUAUCAAGACCAUUACUCUCCCAGAUGGACAUGUCCUUCCUAUAAAAUCUAGUGUAUUGAAAA